AUGGGAGGCAUGGCAGGAUUCAUGUAUCGGCAGCUCACUUUCACCCCGAAACCACUGCCCUCUUCUAUCACUCUAGAUGGAAAAACGGCUAUUGUCACGGGUGGAAAUACAGGUCUUGGGCUUGAAGCGGCGAAAGAGAUGGCGAGACAUGGCAUUUCCAGGGUCAUCCUUGGGGUUCGGACUGUCUCGAAAGGAGAGGCUGCCAAAAGCGAGAUUGUGGCCCAGUCGCCAAACUGUGAUGUGCUGGUUUGGAAGCUAGAUCAGGAGUCUUUCUCCAGUAUGCAUGCAUUCAGCGAGCGCGUGGUUCAGGAGCUGGAUUGUUUGGCCAUUGUUAUAUUGUGUGCAGGGGUCAAACUGUUGGAGUAUAUCAAAUCCGAGAAUACUGGUCAUGAAAUGAAUGUCCAGGUUAAUCAUAUUGGAACUGCCCUUUUAUCUUUGCUUCUCCUCGGUCCUCUACAGAAGACUGCGAAUGCUAACCCCGGUCAAAAAACUCGACUGACAAUCGUCACAUCCGAAGUUCAUUUCUGGACUAGGUUUGAAGCAAAGGAUGCGCCAAAUAUUCUUGCCCGUCUAGACGAACCUUCUUCCUUUGGAGAAGGAAUGGAUCGAUAUAAUACCAGCAAGCUCCUGAAUAUAUUGUGGUUGCGGGAGUUGAGCUCCGUGCUUGGGCCGGAUGUUAUUGUCAACGGAGUGAAUCCUGGUCUAUGUGCGAGUACAUUGCACCGGUCGGAUACCACUCCAGGAAUCGCCAUAUUUAACAAAAUAUUUGCUUGGAGCUCGGAACAAGGAGGGCACAAUCUGGUAGAUGCAGCGAUUCAACAUGCCACAGACCAGGGAGUUUAUAUAAGUGAGCAGGUUGUGAAGAAACCAUCCUCCUUUGUGUUGUCUCCACAAGGCAAACAAGCACAGACAAAGCUCUGGAACGAAACCAUUACAUUGCUUCAAGAAGCGCUGCCGGGGAUUGACCUCUUGAGCCCUCUUCUAACAAUGUAG